AUGAGACAGACGUAUGGAGGGUACGUGCGAGCAGAUGCCGACGGGGUAGACCUGCGGUACGAAGCGCCAGCCAUCCUGGUCGAUCGCCCACCAAAGGUACAGAGUCAAACUUGCGCCAGAGGCUGGUCUACAAAUGCAGUGACGCUGUGUGGAGGAGCCCUGCAGACUGCGGCAGGGCAGCAAUAUCCACCAGAAGGAAUGAAUCAACAGAAUGCAGAAGCAUUCAAGAUGAUCGAUGAAUCGGAUGCACAAUCGACAAGACAGCUCAUGAUGGAAACCGGAUCACCAUCUAUUGUCACAGUAAACCACAGAUACGGAGGAAGAGCAUCCCAGAAUAUUGGAGCAUCCCAGACCAUAAGUAACGUGGAAUUAGACCGGGUGGAAUCGGACCGGGUGGAAUUGGACCGGGUGGAAUUGGACCGGUAUUCAGCGAAUGACGGUAAUCCGGGAAUAUCCAGUGUGUCGAACGCGUUGAAAGUGGGCUGGGAAUCGUUUCUGAUUGAUCACACGAAAGCAAAGCUAAAUGACAUAGUGGAUCAACGGGACGAAGGACUGGGACCGUUUCCGACCCAGCACUCGCUGGAGGUACAGGAUCAAACUGGCACCAAACAGUUGUGUACACAUGUCUCGUCUGCGGCAGUGCAGUCAGUGGCAGCCCAGUCACAUGCGCUCGAAAUCACAAAUCAGGAGAAUGCGGGAACGUGCAGCGUGCUUGAUGAAUGGAGUGCGGAGUGGCUUGAGUACCUGACGGAUGAGCAGAAUCCGGGAGCAGACGGUUGGGUGGAUUCUCUGGUUGUGGAAUCGGCAUCGUUAAUGAUGAACCAAGUGGGAGGAGCAAAUGCCACGAUGGACCGGUCGUGUGAAGAACUGGGACACUCGCCGGAAGCACAUGUACAAACUGGCACCGGGCAGUUGUCCACAGAUGUAUGGGCACCGCAUACGGCAAGGCAGUCUGAUGCAGCUCAGUCACACGCGUUAGGAAUCCCGAAUGAGCAUGAGGGAACGUCCAGUAUGACAGGUAAGUUUCUAGAUGUGGAAUGGGGCCGGUAUCUAACCGAUGAGCAGAGUCAGGAGAGUCCGUGGGAUGUGGAAUCGGAUUUGCUUAUGAUGGACCAGACGAGAGCAGGAGCAGAUUCCACGGUUGACCAGCGCUGCGAAAGACCGGGACCGGUUCUGGCCGGACAACCGGCGGAGUCACCCGGUCAACCUGGCGUCGGGCAGCCUUGUGUCGGAGAGGAUGCAGUCCAUCGGCCGGAUGUCCUGCCGGGACUGACAGCUCGCGUUUUGAGUGACUGUCUAGCUGAAGGAGUGGAUCCUGUACAGCCGUGUGGCGAUGAGGAAAGCAAGAUCGUGCGACGUGUUUUCACCUGUUUCCAAACAACAGCACUGGAGCGGAAUGAGUACGUCUCGUUCGACGUUUGUACAUGGCGUGCAUAUGAUCUUGCACUCUUUUUGCGAGAGAGGUUGUCCGACCAACCACUCAGUCAAAGCAAUGACUCGGGCGUAGGCCAAACAGGCUCCGUCGCGAGAAGUCAGUUCGAUGAGCUGGUGGCUAUGGCGGAACAGAGGCUGAGAAAGCCUCCUGGAGUCUCAGACACGUGGUUCCUAGCGUGCAUGAUAGAGGACUUCGGAAGAUCAGGUUCCCUCUGGCGGAGGAUGCCGAAGCGGCUUCCCGCACUGAGGGGCUGGAAUUCUCUUUUGCCACUGUACAGAGGCACCAUUCCGGAUGGCCUGUCGCGACUGCCGCAAGGCUCGACGGCGACUACGUUAGUAAGCACCGCUUCCAGACUCCAGUUCUGGCUGCACCAAGCGGCCACGGCUUUUUACGCUGGGAAACAGGUCAAGUCGGCUCAACGAGUAACUAUGAUAGUGUCGACCAUGCGUAGUGUGCUGGGUCCGAAGAGAUUCGAUGAGGAGAUCCGGGAUUGGACGACUCGAAUCCCGGGUUUUUCCAGGACCGAGUCGUCGGAGCAGGCUUCGCGGCUUCUGGGUAGGGCAAACAUCCCGCCGGGAAAGAGGUGUGCUUGCAAACUGCGAAACUUGGCGACUCGCGCGAAAGAGGUGCAUCCCAGAGCGCGCGACGGCCGCCUGCCGUUGUCGAGCCGGCCUGCUGAGCCUUGUGUCGGAGAGGAUGCAGCCUACACGCGUGGUGUCCUGCAGGGGCUGACUGCCCGCGUCUUGAAUGAUUGUCUAGCAGAAGAGGUAGCUCCUCUGCAACUGUCGAAUGAAACCGAGGCAAAUGAGCUUGUGAGACACAUUUCCCGCUGCUUUCGAGGAGCAUCGAGGGAGCAGAAUGUGAACGUCUCGUUCGCCGUUUCGCCGUACCGGGCGCUUAAUCUGGCGCUCUUUUUGCGAGAGCGGUUGUCCAGGCAAUCAUUCGUUGACUCCAAUACUCGGUCGCCCGGUGGCGCACAGACAGCGAGAAGCCAGUUCGACACGCUGGUCGGAAUGGCGCAGCUAAUGGUAAGAAGACCCCCUGGCGUCGGCGACACAUGGUUCCUAGCGUGCACGAUGCACGCGUUCGGAAUAUCGGACCCCCUCAACUUGAACCCCCUCAAUUCGGAGUUGCUGAAGACACUGCCUGCCUGGAGUUCGAAUGCAUUGCUGUACAGAGACACCAUUCCGGAUGACCUGCCACGACUGCCGCAAGACAAGGAGGCAAUUAGGUUGGUAGCAACCGCUUCCAAACUCCAGUUCUGGUUGCACCAAGCGGCUGCGGCGUUCCGCUCUGGGGAGCCGGCCGCAGUAAAUUCUUUUCAUCGAGCGUCUCUAGUCUCGUCUCUACGCACGACACUGGGUCCGAACAGAUUCGACGAAGAGAUCGACACUUGGAUGACUCACAUUCCCCCUCCCGCAGGAGCGAAGCUAACGGCCUGUCAGCGCGCGUGUUGGCUGCUGAGCUGGGUAGACGUCCUGCCCAAAUGGAUGAAGGGGGACGCCAAACAGCCGGCGCCUCCGUCCCGUCGGUCCGAAUCGGCUUCGAGCUGGGACGCGGCCGCUGACUCCGGCUUGAGAGCUUUCGUGGCGACUGUGAUACAGGAACGGGUCGAAGCAGAGCGGAAGGCGGCAGAGCGCUACGGGAGGGAGUGGAUGGACCGGGAAGGGGUCCUCCCGAAGGAGGGCAAGCGAGAGGUGGCCGAGUUUGUGGCGGAGUGGGCCGUGCCGGGCAACCUGGAGUGGAAGAAGCCCUACCACGCAGCCGAGCCGGAUUUUGGCAAAGGUCGGUGGCGCUGGGUGCACCUGGCCGGCGUCAUUAAAGACCAGUUAGACCGCUCUGUAGUCAACGACUUGGUGGCCACAGCCGAGGGAGCGAUCCCGCGGCCAGCCGGUGUCUCGCCGCUGUGGUUCCUUGCCGCCGUGUUGCGCACCUCAGCUGUCCAUCGGACGCUGGACAACCGCAUCGGCCGGUGGCUGGCCACCCGCGAUAGCGGCUGGAAGUCUUCCUUCAGCCUGCACUCCGACAUCUUCCCGCCCGACUUCGGCCCCCUGCCCGAAUCGCAAGCCUCCCGACGGGUAGUGGCCCUCCUCUGCUGGGCGGCACACUGGUUCAAGAGCGGAGCCCAGUAUCUCGGGCAACUCGACGAGUGCGACCGGGAAAUCAAGUUGCGGCAGUCUUCAGUCUUCGGCGCCGCCGCGCGCUUCAUUCACCAAGGACUCGGGGACCGCACGUUCGGCCAACUCGUGGCGCUGUUCAAGCCACGACUUGCUGCUGCAACAAUCUCCGACUGCCGUGUAACGGAGUGCUUGCUUGGAUGCUCGGGCGUCACGCCCCAACAAACCCAAAACAUGCACAAGCAGCUCCCGUCCGGAACAACCGAACGGAAACGUGACCGGCCAACCGAGCAAGAAGCCGCCAAGAAAAGACGCCUUGGCACCGCCGACUGGCUGCACAAAACGACGCUUGUUCGUGCGGGGAGUUCCACAGGAUCGUGA